AUGUCUUCUCACUCUACCUCUACUUCUGCGUCUGCCGCUGCCGCUGCCAACCAGGCUCUCAUAGCUCUUGUCGCCCGGCUCACUGAGAUGGUUCAAGAUGUCAACCGGUUGCCGUCACAAGAGGAAAAAAUGGAGUUGAGCUGGAAGAUUGCGCGUCAAGUGAAUGACGCAAUUCGCACCUAUGGGAAGGAGGCUUCCUAUGUUCCCCCAGGCCUGCUGUCACUUGCAGCUGAGAUCUUUCGCGCUCAGAGGCGCACCACACAAUUGGUGGAAGUACUGGAUUGGACCCGUCUUGGGAACAAUCAGGACAUGUGCAUGAAGCACCCAUUGUACAGUAAGACAUUGGGUGCUGCACCACCUAUUGCGUCUGCAGCUCCUGUAGCAACUGCACCGGUACCGGCACCACCACCUGCUCCUGCUCCUGCACCACCACCUGCUCCCACACCUGCACCACCACCUGCUCCCACCCCUGCACCUGCACCUGCACCACCACCGGUACCGGUGCCUGCGCGAGAUGCCAGCAUUCGCAUGCCAAAACGCGCAGCAUCCGGUGAAACUGCACCGGCAGGGUCAUCGACGACGCAGAAACGUCGACUCAGCACCAGCCCUCCUGUGCCUCGUGGCAACCGGUCCCGGAAGCCUGUCGUCAAGUCAAAGGUGAUCUUGUCCGACACUGACACCACUGACGGUGAGAUGGUGAAGGGGAAGGGGAAGGCAAAGGCGCUGGAAGUUGACGGCAAUGAGGAUGACGACGUCAUUGACGUUGAUGAUCUUCCGGACGUUCAGCCCCGGAAAUCAAUGCGCAAGGCUGUUGUCCCUGCAAAAAAGCAGGGCAAACUGAAGGCAAGUCAGUUUGUUGCGACCGCAGAUGAUGAAGAAGAUGAAUUGGAGGAGGAUGAAGACGCACAAGGCAAAUCCAAGGCCACUUUACGACCAGGGAAGCGACAAAAAUUGGCAAGUUCCACCCAGUCCAAGGGCAAGGCCACCGGCAGGAAGACCAAGGUCCAAGAACCGCCUCGUGCUGAUGGACCUCUGCCGCCUUGUGAGAGAUGCCAGGCGAAGAAGGUGGAGUGUUGCCCCCGGUUGACAAAGAAAGGCGAUGUCGCCUCGACAUGCACGUUGUGCCAUGUCUGGAAGAUGGCUUGCAUCCGUCCGGAUACAGAGAGUGCCACCGUUACCCCCACCACUGACACUGCACCACCUGCAGCCGCAGUCACCACGCGCUCUAAGACGACCCGGUCCAAAGCGACCGGCAAGAAGAUGGUGGGGAAAUCUAAUGUGAAAGAAAAGAAAAUCCGGCAACCUAGUCCUAUCGAAGAGGAAGACGACAACAUUGAGAUGUUCGAUGGCACUGUGGGUGUGCCGGGUGCCCAACAGCAAUCCACCCCUUUGGCGUCAGCAGACGAUUUCCCUGCGGAUCACUGGAUCGAGCCCGGCACUGACGAGUUGCCACCUCCAGCUCCAUCACCGGCCAUGGCCUCAGAGGACAACAUCUGGUUCUCACCGUUACCGGUCGUUCGCACACCACCCACCCGGCACCCCCUUUCUCAUGACCAGAUGGAGGCCAUGUUGGCCCAAAUUCGCGUUGAGAUGGAGGACCUUCAUACACGCGAUCGAUUGGAAAUGGACUUUCAGCAAGGUCGCCUGGAGCGUUGCAUGGACCUUGCAGAGGCAUCUGACAGUGCAAUGUCCAUGCAGGUGGAUGAACUCGAGCGGGAUAUGCAGGUGCAGCGUGGACUCCUCUCUGAGUGCACUGCCGAAGUGAGAGGCAUUGUCAGGUAUCUGAGGGAGCAUAGAUCCGCUCAAACACCAGCAUCAACUCCACCGCCGGCAUUCAAUCCACCUCCCAUCACAGCUCCUGGCCCAUCCAUCAGUGCGUUUGCCCGAGCUGUCACCAACAAUGUGUUCACCCCAGAUGUAUCUUGGAUGGGUGCACAGACCGGUGGUGAUGCGUUUGGUGACACUGCAGAUGGCUCACCAGUCGCAAGGCUUAACCGGGUGCCAUCCACUCCCACCAACAUCCCUCCACUGACCAUGAGGGAAUCCAGAUCAUCUGUUCCUCCAGCUGGAUCUCCGGCUAUGCCAUCUCCUGAUCCCCCGGUUGCCGGACCAUCAAGUAUGCCAGCUGAUGCACAGUCCAUCUCGGCUCCUUUGCCACGUGUGCGAUAUGGUCCUCUAUCUCAACAAGGUCGGUCAGUGAGUGCUAGAUAUCCAAGCAAGCCUUCCGGUGAUGGGACACAGUAG